AUGGCCAUGGACCCGAGCCAGAAUGUCCACGGGGACUUGCUCCCCCACGUGCACCUGUUGUCGACGUUUCGAUACGCAUCGAUGCCAAGGGUCGAGUUGUCCGAAGUGACGAAAUGGCUGCUCCAAGCCCCCAAGAUCGCCCGCGACACCGCGCCCUUCUACUGGACGUACCUCGAUUGCCCGGCCGACGGCACGAUCUUUUUGACUUGGCAGCCGACGGUUCGCCGCGGCACCGAGUUCGCCAGCGAUGGAUAUGUUUGGGCAGGGCCCGAGGUGUUCUUCCAACAUGGCGCAGGCAAUGGCUUGGUGCUCGAGAUCUAUUACCAGAAGACCGGCUACCGCAUGGGCGAGCAGUUUGCGAUCCACUCGAGACGGCGCUUUCGCCUCUUGCCUUCCCAGGCGCCGGUCCAGAACUCACCACAGGUCGACCCGAACCUCUGGAUCGUCCACUACGGACCGGCCGAGAAGAAUGAUAGGCUCCCCGUUGCGGCGAUUGGAAUUCCGCCACCAAUGCAGCCCAUCCUGAGCUUCCGCCAACAUCUGUUCCAGAUGGGCCAGAUCGUUCGGAAAGAGUUCAUGCUUUCCGAUCGCACUAUGGCCUAUCCUCCACAUGCCGGUCCGGCAAUUGGCCCCACGCCCAAGCGGAGGGGGGCGCAUGCGCCGGCUGGCCAUCAGGGCCAGAUGAUGGGUGCGCCUUACAAUGCCGAGGCGGCGUUUGACGAUGAGGAGGAUGUCUCUCGUGGUGACAUGUUUGAUCAUCUCAGCCCACGCGAAAUCAGCAUGGCUCGGUAUCAGCAGAACCACGAGUGGAUGGAGGAGAUCCUGUCUUCGCCGUACCGAAUCGGUCAGAUCGAGGCUUCCGAUCUCGGCCUGGGGCGGAAGGGCGAACUUGCUUCGCUCACAGAGGGCAUUUUCGAGGCUCAAGGCGCCGAUGCGCUCGUUGCGGGCCCGAAGAAGCCAUAUACCGGCCGUCUCGACCCUGCGUUGGCCGACGAAUUCCGCAAGCGCGUGACCCAGCGGAACGCCGCUACCAGGGCCGAAAUUGAGCAGAUGAAAGCGCAGCACGCGAAGCUGUUGGCGAAGUUCAAGGGCAAUGCCGCCAUCAAGCACGCGGAGCGUGACCUGCGAGCGGCCACCGAAGGCACGGGCACAGAGUUUUGGCGCCUCGAGGGGAGGUUAGACGGCGCUGAGGAGGACGGCAGCCACUCGGAUCAAAAACAACCAUCCCAAUCACUCGAGGAAAUCGUUGCACGCGUUGAGGAGCUGGUGGGCAAGCGCGCCGUGGCCGUCAGUGACGUCCAUCGGGUUCAGGACGGCGGCUACCAGGAACCGGCGCCCGAGCCAGAACUCCUGCAACCGCAACAUCAAGUGCCGGGAGGCGUGAGCCUGUCGGGGUCCAUGUCCCGGCAGCCGUCCCACGCGGGAUCCGGCGUUAUGCUCGGCGACUCCGACAUCGACAUGGGCGGCACAGCGGCAGGCCUCCUGGACAUGCACACCGGUUUCUCGUCCACCUCCACCCCUUUCAACAGCUUCCCGACUCCCCAACCCCAACUCUCCGCCAUCCCCUCCAACGCGGCAACCCCCGCAAACCUUCAUGGCGCCUCCCCAGCUCCCGCACCAACAACUCAGCCCCCUGCCCCAGCACAAGCCGACGUCCAUAUGGCAGACGCAAGCGCUCACAAUGAGACCACCACCGCUCCCGACCAGGGCACCGGCAGCGGCGACUGGGUCGUCGUGCCCAAAGCCGACGCCGGUCCCCCACCAGCUCCCGCCAAUCCCGCCGCUUCCACUGCCGCUACCACGACCACCACGACCACCACCCACAAACCAGCCUCGGCAGCCGCCACCCCCGCCGACGCAGACGCCAACGACUUCAGCUCGCUCGGCGACCUCGACACCGCCGGUGACGCCCUGGCCGGCUACGACCCCCCGAGCGGCGACGACGAGCUGAACCUCGACCUGGAGGACUCGGCGUUCGGCGACGCCUUCCACGGCGUCCAGCAGGCGGGCGCCAGCGGCGAGGGGGAUACGCCCGCUGGCGAGGGGCUGUAG